AUGAUUGGCUCAAAUGGCCUAUUAGAGAUCAAAUGUGUAAAUGGAAUCGUCCAAACUUCCCACAACUCAUCAAAUGCCAAAAGCCAUCAGCCCAUCACUGAUCUCCUUCACCCUAGUAACUUAAUUGGGAAAAUUAUUAAGCCAAAUUGUGAUUUUCUUUAUUAUCGUGCUGCAAAUGAAACACAAUUACAUGAUAAUCCAAAUGUUUCAUUGUACUUCUUGAAAAAAGACUUGCAUCAUGGUACAAAAUUGAACUUGCACUUCAUGAAGACUUCAAACUAUGGUGUAACAUUCUUAUCUCGUGAAGUUGCUAAUUCCAUACCCUUUUCAUCAAACAAAGUGGAAAUGGAAAACAUCCUUAACCAUUUUUCCAUCAAACAAGGAUCAAAGGAAUGUGAAUUUGUGAAAAACACUAUUGGUUAUUGUGAAGGGCAAGAAAUGAAAGGUGAGGUAAAGACAUGUGUAACAUCAUUGGAAUCUAUGGUUGAUUUCGCUACUUUGAAACUCGGAAACAAUGUUGAAGCUGUUUCAACAGAAGUGAACAAAGAAACAAAGUUACAAGAAUAUGUAAUAGCAAAAGGAGUUAAGAAAUUGGGAGAGGAUAACAAAGUUGUUGUGUGUCAUAAAGUGAAUUAUCCUUAUGCAGUUUUUUACUGUCACAAAAUAGAUGCAACUAAUGCUUACUCUGUCCCUAUGGAAGGUGUUGAUGGAAGCAGAGUUAAAGCUGUUGCUGUUUGUCACACUGAUACAUCACAAUGGAAUCCUAAACAUUUUGCUUUUCAGUUUCUCAAAGUUCAACGUGGAACUGUUCCAAUUUGUCACUUUUUCACACAAGAACAUGUUGUUUGGGUUUCUAAGGACUGGCCAAAGUUUAAUUUGGGACAGUUUAAGUUUGCCAUCCUAGAAUCAGAGGAUGAUGAUGUUCUGAUUUCCAAGUAAAAACUAUAAUUUCUUGAAUAAUACUAGCGGGUAUAUUAUAAUAUGCAUUAUGUAUUAAGUUAAUUUGUAUGUUUUCUGUGGCCGGUAAGAGUUUGACCAUGUAAUAUGAAAAGACGUCAUCGUUGUUUAAAUUUCCUCGAGAAGAAUUAUAAAAUGGUCAUUAGUUUCGUUUUAAAAAAAAA